AUGUCGCGAAUCAUCGUCAAAAACCUUCCAAGUUACUAUGAAAAAGAACAAUUAUCCAAGUAUUUAAAGUCGCAGUCCAAUUUGGACGUUGAAAUUACAGAUGUCAGCGUUGCAAAGACAAAAGAUGGUGUAAGCCGAAGAUUUGCGUUCAUUGGAUUUAAAAACGAACAAGAUGCGGAGAAGACAGUUCGUUAUUUGGAUCGUUCCUUCAUAGACAGCUCGCGGGUACAGGUUCGUGUUGCACUAGACUAUCAAACUGCAAACGAAAAAUUACGGCCAUGGAGUAAGCAUUCAGCAAAGACAAAAGAACUGAAGACUAUAGAGCAAGAGAAAAAGAUUCAAAAGCAAAAGGAAUUAGAGGAAAAAGAAAAAGAGCGACAUGAGAAGAAGCUGAAGAGAAAGUUUAUAGAUACCCUUCAAGAUGAUAAGGCACGCACUUUCUUGCAACUUUCUACAGCUACUAGUAACUCCCGUACUUGGGAUAAUGAAGAUUACACUUUGAACAACCAGCCUUCUGUAGCCGAAACAAAUGAGGAAGAUGAUGAAUACCAGGAGCUUCCAUUUGCUAAACGCCAGCAGACAGAUAAAGAUGAACAACCGGUAUCCGAUAAAUAUGGUGCUUCCAUGGUGAUUGAUGGACGUCCUCAAGAUGUUGUUGAAGACACAGAAGGUAAUGAUGAGUCUGAUGCUGAUCGAGAUGAUUCCAACAAGAGCGGAGAGGACACUGAACAUACCGAGAAAAAACCUUUGUCAGAUGAAGAAUGGCUUCGUCUUCAUAGAACUAGAAUUCGUGAAAAUGAAGAAGAGACACAGGCCGGUGAAGAUCAGAAUGUUUCAGAGGCGGCCGCUCCAUCUGAAGUGAAGUUAUCGGAAGCAGAGAAGCCUUCCUCUUCUCAUGAAGAAGAGGCUCAACCUGAAAUGAACGAUUAUGAUCAAACUAUCGAAAAAAUUGAAGAAACCAAGCGUUUGUUUUUGAGAAAUCUUACGUACAGUUGCACCGAAGAAGACAUAAGUGCUCAUUUUCAACGUUUUGGUGCACUGGAACAAGUUCAUAUGCCGAUAGAUAAACGCACGAAUGCUCCGAAAGGGUUUGCAUAUGUGGAGUUUCGCAAUGCAGAAAAUGCCGUACAAGCUUUUCAAGAGUUGGACGGAAGACCUUUUCAGGGACGUUUACUGCACAUUCUGCCUGCUAAAGCUCGUCACGAUAUCGUUCAAGAUGAAUUUGCUUUAAGCAAGCUUCCUUUAAAGAAACAAAAGGAAUUGAAGAGAAAACAAACUGCUGCAAGUUCCACCUUUAGCUGGAAUACACUGUACAUGAAUAAUGACGCUGUGGUAACAUCCCUAGCUUCCAGGUUAGGCGUAAAGAAAACCGACAUUUUAGAUCCUACUUCUUCUGUCUCGGCUGUCCGUCAAGCUCUGUCUGAAACGCACAUCAUUCAAGAGACCAAGCGAUUUUUUGAGGAGCAUGGGGUUGAUUUAGAUGCUUUUAAAAACAGUGCGCGUUCUGAUAAUGUAAUUUUGGCGAAAAAUUUUCCCUACGGUACUAGUGCUGAGGAGCUGACCUCUCUCUUUGGUCAGUACGGUGAACUAGGAAGAGUUUUGAUUCCUCCGGCUGGUACUAUAGCCGUCAUUGAAUUUAUUAAUGCUCCUGAUGCUCGACAAGCGUUUGGUAAGUUGGCUUAUACUAGGAUUAAAAGUUCCAUUUUGUAUUUAGAAAAAGCACCUAAAGACGUGUUUCAAACAGCUUACAAGAAGGCUCGUGCUCACGAGCCUGAAGUUGCUGUUGAAACUAAUGCAAUCACCACCCAGUCUGCUAAGGAAUUGGAAUCUGAGGACGUUGACUCUGUCGAUACUGCCACGCUCUACGUUAAGAAUUUGAAUUUUUCAACUAAACAAUCAGAAUUUCAAAGCAUCUUUAAACCUUUGGAGGGGUAUUUAUCUGCUGUUAUCCGUGCAAAACCAGAUCCAAAGCGUCCUGGUCAAUUUCUUAGUAUGGGUUUUGGAUUCGUUGAAUUUAAAAAUAAGCAGUUUGCUGUUGCGGCUAUGCAAGCCAUGAAUGGGUUUGUCUUGGCAGGGCAUAAGCUUGAAAUCAAAUUGUCUCAUCAAGGGGCUGAUGCGGCAGCAGAAACGAGAAAGCGGGAUUCUUCCAAGCCAAAGGGAACUAAGAUUCUUGUUAAAAACUUGCCCUUCGAAGCUUCGAAGAAAGAUAUACAGUCCUUAUUUGGGGCUUACGGACAGCUGCGUUCUGUUCGUGUACCUCGAAAAUUUGAUAGAAGUGCGCGGGGUUUUGCUUUCGCUGAGUUUGUUACAGCUCGUGAAGCUGAAAAUGCUAUGAACGCUUUGAAACAUACACACUUGCUUGGUCGUCAUCUUGUGCUCCAGUACGCCUCUACCAGUGGCAUGGAUGACUUUGAACAUGCGAUGGACAAGGCCGUUAAGGAAGCUCGUGCAGAAGCGGGAUCAACUUCUGUUACGGGAAAACGCCUCAUUGAAACAGGCGAAGAAGAAUAA